GGGCAAACAACUCAGUGUAUCCUUGGACAAGAUCGGGAGGAGGUCUAUGCAGAGUUGUGCUCUUACAUCAAAAGAUAUUUCUCAAACUGACAAACUGAGAACGGGUGUGCGAAGUGAACGAAAAGACGACGAAUAGAUUUAUAAGAAUGAAACUACAGACUGUGUUUGUGGCGGUGGCCGUGCUGGCGGCGGGCGCGUGGGCGCACACCCUCCACCUCGGCCGAACUUGCCCCAACGUGCAGCCCUUUCCCAACCUCUCGCUCGAUAAGGUCUUGGGUCCGUGGUACGUCGUUCACAAAUUCGACACCGACAACACCUGCCUGAUGUGGAACCUGACUCGCGGAGAGCUUCCCGACACGCUGCUGGUGACGGAGACGCGGCAGUUGUCCGUGCUGGAUACCUUCGGCGUCGACCACACCCACGCGAUCACCGCCAAGGUGGACAUUCCCAACCCCGAAGUCCCUUCCAAAAUGCGCAUCCGCUGGCCCACGUCAGCUAUCACCGGCAAGGCUGACUUCAUCAUCUUCGACACGGAUUACGACACCUACAUGGCUAUCUUCGAGUGCGACCGCGCGGGUCUGCUGCACCGCCGCUCCGUCGCCAUCCUCUCGCGUACGCAGACCAUCGACGAGAUGUUCGUGAGAAGGGUCCGUCGCCUCCUGGACGUAGCUGAAGUGGGACACGGCGCCCUUUCCACUAUCAGUCAUGACACUUGCCGGAAGACGGGGCAACACAACUGGCACGUGGACGAGGAGCUGUUUGGACUCCUGCCAGGGGUGGACGAGGGCCAGGUGCGCAGGCGCGUGUCUGACGGGGUCCAGGACUACGACAUCACGCAGCUCGAGAUCAUCGGCGACGGCAUCGAGGACGAGAGCUUCCGCGGUAGCUUGAAGGACAGGCGGCCUGCUCCCAGUCUUUAAGGAGAUGGAGGAGGAGGAGGAGGGGAAAUCAUUAGAAGAAGAAGAAGAAGAAGGAAAACUAGUAGAAGGCAAAGGGGAAAGAAAGAGAAAAUAAUCAGAGAGAGAAGAAUAAUAGAUUAAGAAUACGGAGAAUAGUAACCGUCAAAGUUACUCCUUCCUCUUGCUCCAAUACUUGGUUUCAUCCACAGUCCCUCUCACUCGCGCACACCAACGCCAUCUUUCGACUGCAAGAUUAACCAAAGACGGGUCGCCCAGUCCCAAAGACACGAUGCUCAUUCCCUUCGUGGUGAAAUGGACAAGAAAGUUACAAAUCCGUAGCGUUUUUUAUUAAUAUACAGUUAUGUUAUAAUACUGAUGUUAUAUUUGUAAAAUAUGUGUGAAAACUGCUCCAACUAUUAAAAUAGAUAAAUGCCGAUGGAACAUUCCUGAGGCAUUUAGGCAAAGGUGUAGGAAAAUGGACCUACAAGCCAGCGCCUCCGAGGAGUGCCACGCCCAGCCCGAAUCUCAAGCCAAGACUCAGGUCCUUUAAGGCACCUGGUUAGUACUCUAGUACCUUGGCUCUCCCUGAUCCGUACCUGUUAUUAAAAUGUAAUAAAAUUUGUUGUUUACUAA